AUGUCGACAUGUGCGACGUCGGGGAAAAAAGCCUCUCUUGCGUGGCUUCUGCUCGGUGCGGUUUUGUUUUUGGGGUGUCAAGUGGGUUCAGCUCAGGAGGAGUACAAGGAUACUAAACAACACCCCGAGUUGUCCAAGUUGGUUAGGAACUGGGCCCAAAAAUUGGGGGGUGAACUGUGGCACUUUGGAGAUUUUGUUACUAGAAGAUCCAAGGUUAUAGAUAGUUAUAAAGACACUAAUGUAAUGAGGGAAGAUGGGGAAGCUCUACUCAAAGAUAUACACGAAAAAAUAUCAGAAAUGAUGAAGCAAAAAGUUAAGGCAGUAGAGAGAAUUAUGGAUGUGGCAGAAAAUGCGGCAAAACAUCAAAAAGACGACGAUGUCGACGUAAACCACGUUUACUACAACGCUAAGAAUUUAACUAACACAGUGCCGGAACCUGGCGAAGAAGAAGUCACCAAACCGCCCGUAAGCGCGGAUGCAGAAGAGCUCAGAUCUGAAAACCUGAUAACAAACGCCGAAGAAAAAUACCAACGAAUGAUCGCAGAAGAAAAUUACGGCUAUCAGCAAGAUCAAGACCAAGACCCGAUUUCCAUAGAAGAUACAUCGAAAGAUGAAUUUCCCGAAGUCGAAAUAGAUCUAGAGGUUACUGAUGAUACAGAGAAAGAUCCUCAAGCAAGUCAAACUCAACCAAAAGAUAGAACAAAAUUGCCCUUGUAUAGAAAUCGGCAUUUUUACAACAUUCCAGUGAAUACGAAUUAUAGUGCUGUUCAUGUGCCUAGCAACGUAUAUGAUAGAGCUAAAAAUGUUAUUUCUGGGAUUAUAUGGUCUGAAGAGUUGGACAAAACGUUUAGAAAUAACUAUAAACAGGACCCGACAUUAUCAUGGCAAUAUUUUGGGAGUUCAACGGGAUUUAUGAGACAGUUCCCAGCCAUGAUCUGGUCCCAAGAACCCAUAGACCUAUUCGACUGCAGAACUAGAACUUGGUUCAUAGAAGCCGCUUCGUCGCCGAAAGAUAUUGUUAUUUUGGUCGACAGAUCGGGUAGUAUGACGGGAAUGCGGCGCGAGAUAGCUCGACAUGUGGUGCACAAUAUUUUGGACACCUUGGGUAAUAACGACUACGUAAAUAUCUACACGUUUAGUAACACCACUGAGCCUUUGGUGCCUUGUUUUGAGGACCAACUCGUCCAGGCUAAUUUGGCAAAUGUAAGGCUCUUCAAAGAAAGCAUGACUAAUUUUAAGACAGAACAGAUAGCAAACUUUACUGACUCCCUUAUCACCGCCUUUGAGCUUCUACAGGAUUAUAGGGAAACGAAAAAAGGUGCGAACUGUAACCAAGCCAUAAUGUUAGUCACAGAUGGUGUUCAAUAUAAUUUUAAAGAAAUUUUCGAGAAAUACAACUGGGGAAAUCUACCUUUUAUGAACGUAAGAGUUUUCACAUAUCUAAUUGGUCGAGAAGUAUCUGACGUCAGGGAGGUCAAGUGGAUGGCUUGUGCAAAUCAAGGGUACUACGUGCACCUCAGUACAUACGCAGAAGUGCGGGAGGAGGUGCUACAAUAUAUUCCAGUUAUGGCAAGACCCAUGGUACUAAAUGCCAACCAAAAACCGAAUCCAACGUGGAGUCCAGUCUAUGCAGACGUAACGGACCCAAAGUUAACGAAUUGGCUUUGGGUCAAUCGUGAGAGAAACAAACAAAGAGAGAGAUUUAUGGCGUAUAAAAAAGAUAAAACCCUACUAUCGUCAGUGGAACAAGACAAAAAUUACGUACACCAACAAAAAUUUAAACAAGACAACUACGGGGAGUUACAAACUUAUCAUCUAAUGACAUCUGUUUCUCUUCCAGUAUACGACAAAAAACCCAGACAAGAAAGAGUAGCAAAUCUACUGGGUGUUGCUGGUACAGACGUCCCAAUAGAAUAUAUUAAAAGACUUAUGAUGUCAUACAGACUUGGUGUUAAUGGUUAUGCUUUUAUAGUAACAAAUAAUGGUUACAUUUUGACCCAUCCAGAUCUUAGACCAGUGUACCAAGGUAUACUAAAACCAGCCUACAACAGAGUCGAUGUAACAGAGGUUGAAGUGCUAGAUGAUGAUAGUGAACCAAGAGAAUUCAGUGAUGAAAUUAGGAAACUACGAAAACAUAUUGUCAUGCAUGAUAGAGGAAAUGCCACUCUAAGAAUCAAGACACAUAUGGACGAUAUGAAAAGAAUUUUAACUAUAACCCGUCACUUCUACUACAUGGGUAUUAACGCUACUCCCUUCAGUUUAGUUAUUGCCCUACCACACAAAUAUGGCUUUAACAGGGUGCAACACACAGUAGAAAAUGACAUCCACAGAAUGCGUUCCAACGAUAAAUCCUUCACGCAAUUUUUCACUGGGAAUUGGACGAUACAUCCCGACUGGCAUUACUGUCGAUACUUAAACGAUCACUUUUUCGACUCUCGUGAAGAGGAAUUCAUACAUUUUUUGAAAAAAAUGGCCGAACCUGGCUGGAAGUGGACCGCAGAAUGUGAAAGAAAAUUAAUAUGUGAAGUGGUCGGCGAUGCCAAAAUAACCUCAUGGUUUAGCGAAAAUAUCACUACUACUUCUAAGGAGGAUAACGCGACUGAGCUUAUAAAGAGGUUUGGAAUAACUGUAGCAUUCUUAGCUACACACAGUGGCCUAACAAGAUGGCAAGAUUUCCCGCAAAAUAUCGACACAACCGUACACGAACCAAAUUUUCAUAUUCUACACAACAAAGCAAUCGACGAAACUUGGUAUAAACGAGCCGUUGAGCAUCAUUACACGGACCCGAGAAAUUUCGUUUACUCAGUGCCAUUCGAUAUAGGGGAUGAAAAUUUUACUCUGGUGACCGUCAGCCAUGCUAUUUUUAGAGAGGACAAGGAUAAGUCUCAUAAGGCACCAGCAGGAGUGGUUGGCUAUCAGUUUUACCAUUCGGCUCUUUAUUCGCUAUUUAAAAAUAUAACUUUUAGUUGUGCUCCAAAUUUGACUUGCAAAAGAACCUGCGAAAGUGAAGAGUUGCACUGUCUAAUGCUCGACGAUAACGGCUAUAUCAUCAUAAGUGAUAACCUAAAAGAAACUGGCUUAUUUUUCGGAAAUGUCAGACCUGAUAUUCUAGACCAACUAGUAGAAGAAGGAAUCUACAAAAUCACCACCAUGUUCGACUAUCAAGGAUUAUGUCCUGAAGGGCAAGACACAACAAAUCCAGCUACAAAACUAUUAUCUCCUAUGUAUCAUGUAUCCGCCGUUUUUAAAUGGAUUUUUACCACACUUAUAUACUGGACGAGAGCGGUCACCGGAAGCGAGUUGGAAACUAUGGCGUAUCCGGAAGUAAAUAAUGAGCAACCGGAGGAAGAGAUCGUAACGGAACCUGAACGCGAGGGUGAGCCGGAAAAAGAGGAGACAAUGGAAAAUAGUCCUUCGUCGAGAAGCGAUAAGGAGUUCGAUCAAAGAUUGUUGAUAACGAAAACUAAACCUGAACCGUGCGAUACCGAAUUUUCUCUGUACAGUCUGGUUCACUAUACUGAAAGGAAUAACUCUAAUAGUGGUUACAAUAGGACCAUGUCAAAUUGUAGCAGACCCUUCAUAGUCCAAAAAGUGUCCAACAGCAACAUGAUUUUGCUGGUAAUUAACAACUUGUGCAGGGAAAAUACCGAGAGAUCACAGAAAACAAUGGCUAAACUGCCAGAGCCUCCUAAGGAAGUUGACUAUAACAUGUCACUGUCGUGUUAUAGAGUCCAACAUAACGACUUUCCAAGAAGACUAUACAUGAGCUGUAUAAACAGAAGCUCUAAUGAAAGCGAAAUAAAACUUUGCGGAACAGGGACCAACAUAUCACCCAAACAUUUCAUCCCAUUUUUACUUUCUUCAUUUAUACUAAAAGCGUACUUAAUUUAA